GUGCAGACCCACCUGGAGAACCCCACCCGGUACCACCUGCGGGCGGCGCAGCGGCAGCAGCUGCGGCAGUUCCUGAGCCACGCCCAGCGGGGGGGGGCGGGGCCAGCCCCUGCCCCUCCCCCUCCCCGCCCGGACCCCCCCCCAGGGCCGAGCCCCCCCCCAGCCCCCCCCCCGGGGCUGCUGCACCACGAGAAGGAGAUCGAUGACGUCAUCGAUGAGAUCAUCAGCCUGGAGUCGAGCUACGAGGACCUGCUGGGCCUGGAGGGGCCCCUCCCCCUCCCCAGCACGCUGCCGGCCCCGGGGCCGCUCCUGGAGGUUUUCAGCCCCGCCCAGGGCGGGAGCAGCUCCUGCCCGGCCGAGCUGCCCCGCGUCAAGGCCGAGCUCUCAGAAUCGGAGGCCAAGGCGCUGCUGAAGGAGAGGCAGAAAAAGGACAACCACAACCUCAUCGAGCGGCGCCGGCGCUUCAACAUCAACGACCGGAUCAAGGAGCUGGGGACCCUGAUCCCCAAAAACAGCGACCCGGAGAUGCGCUGGAACAAGGGCACGAUCCUCAAGGCGUCCGUGGAUUACAUCCGCAAGCUGCAGAAGGAGACGCAGCGAGCGCGGGAGCUGGAGCUGCAGCAGCAGCGCCUGGAGCAGCAGAACCGCAGCCUGGCGCUGCGCGUGCAGGAACUGGAGCUCCAAGCCCAAAUCCACGGGCUCCCCCUGACCCCCGCCGUGGCCGAGGGGGGCUGCGAGGAGCCCUCGGGGGGGGGGUCCCCCCCUUCCCCGCCGGGGGUCCCCCCCACCCCCCAGUGCCUGCUGGAGCUGCCGCCGGGGCUGGCGCUGCCCCUGGCGCUGGGGGGGGCCCGAGGGGACCCUCGAGGACAUCCUGAUGGACGAUGGGGGGGGGCUGUCCCCCGCUCGGCCCCCCCGGCGCCCUCCUGGCCUCGCCGGGCCCCUCGCGGGCCUCCAGCCCCCGCAGCAGCCUCAGCAUGGAGGACGAGCCCUGAGGCCGCCCCGGCAGGAGCCUGGCCCCGGGGGGGAUUUUUAGGGACCCCCUCCCCGUUUCUCGGGACCCCCGCCCUCCCGGAGCUGCUCUGGGUGGGGCCCCACCGGGCGCCGUUUGAAGAGUCUUAAAGCGGGCGCGCGCUUUGUGAUGAGGGCCCCGCCCCUUUUAGGGGUGCUGCCCUUUUAAGGCGCCCGGUGUGGGGCCGCUCUCUUAAAGGGGCCCGGCCGGGCGUGGCUCGUAGGAAGGGGGGGGUGAGCCCCCCUCGGUGUGUGGCCCCUUUAAGGCGCUGGCGUCGGGCCCCACCUGGGCGUGGCCCCUUCGAAGAUUCCACAGGAAGCCCCGCCCCUCCGCGAGGCCGCGCCCAUUUCCCUGCUCACCCAAUCCGGAGGCUCCUGGGGGCUGGGCCCUCAGGUGAAGCCCCGCCCCUCUCGCUGUCACUCACAUUUACCCCUCCUGCUAACAGACCACGCCCCUUUUAGACACCACGCCCACCGGCCCCACUUAAAGGGCCACACCCGCAUUUCCAAGCCCCGCCCCCGAUUUUGUACUGGACCCGCGCGUGGGAAUAAAAACGUUUGGUAACGACGG